AUGAGUUUCGUUAUUUUUUAUUGCUCCAUGGUUAUUGAACCUUUUCCCACUGUAUUCCGUCUCUGCGUCAUCAUCGCGUCGCAUAUCGUCAUGCAGCAGAUUCCCGCCGUCGCCAGCGCGUCCGCCGAGGCGAUGUAUCGCGAUGUCGUGCAUCGCCGCUGGGCGCGCGCGUUUCUCUUCCACCUGCUCGCCAUCGGCCCCUUCCUCUUCCUCUGGGCCGCGCCGCUCGUCCUCCGCGCGGGCCUCCUCCCUUCGCUCCUCUCCUUCUUCUCUCUACGCCUCUACCUCGCUUUCGCGAUUUUCGAUUUUUCGCAACUGCUUUUCGUUCUCGCUCGCCACGCCAUCGUCGUCGCCGAUUCCCCUCCCCUCCCCUCCACCACCUCCCUCCUCGUUUCCGCCGCAAAUCUCGGCGGAUUUGCCGGCACAUCAGAUCCAAACCCGCUCGUGCAUCAAGACCAACAGAUUCGCGCAGCGGAUGGCGGGUUUCGCGGGCCCGCCAGCCAAUGCGAGGCGGAAGCGGCUAGGGCGACGCUGGCGGGCCGCGCCAAGUUCGCUGCUCUCUGCGCCGCGGCGGGCGCCGCAGGGGCGAUCGCGCUCUCGCUCUUCCGCGCGCAGCUUCUGGGCGGCGCGGCGGAGAUCGAAUCCAACGGCGCGUGGCGGGGGGACGCCUGGGCCGUGGCGGGCGAGGCGGGGUUCGGCGGCGCGGUGGGGGUGCUGUUCGCGGCGUACCACGUGGUGCGGCGCGACUACCUCCUCGCCUUCCCCGUGCUGCAGCGCGCCCCGUUCUACCGAUUCAAGACGGCCCUCCCGCGCUGCGCCACGUCAGCAGCCACGUUCGGGUGCAUCACCGCGCUGCUCUACUGCCUGCUGCUCCGCCCGCUGCUGCUGCCCCUCCUCGCCACCGCCGCCACCACCGCCACCGGCAUUCCCCUCCCCUUUCUCGCCGCCCCACCUCUGUCCAUCCGCUCUCUCCUCCUCGCCCUGCUGGCCUGCCUGCACGGCGUGGCAUUCCUCGCCUUCUCCUGGGAGGCAGCAGCAGCUGCCACGGACAUCUUCCUCACGCACCGCCACCUCUUCCUUCCCCCGCCCUCCUCGCCCACCUCCCCCAUCGCCCCCCUCCUCCUCGCCCUCUCCCCCUCCCCGUCCCCCGCCCCUCCUCCGUCCCCGUCCCCCCUGCCCAUUCUCACCCUGCCCGCGCCCUCCGCCCUGCGCCGCCUCGUGCUGCACUGGGCGCUGCUCGACCUCUCGCUGCUCGCCGAGUCAGAGGCUGACACGUGGCGUCGUGCGGCGCUGUUUGAGUCGCAGGAGGCGUACGGCGCGGUGGUGGCGGCGUGCAUCCGCCCCAUCGAUGCCAUGACGCUCAGAGUCGCUGCUGCCGCUGGUUACCCCACCGUUACAGGUGCGCUGCAGCAGCAGCAGCAGUACUCGUUACAGUCACCCACGGCUACAGUCACAGGAGCCGGGUUUGCUUCUGCUGACGGGCUGAGGUGGCGGCAGGGGAAGGGCGGAGGAGAGGGCGUGGAGGGGCAAGCGCUGCAAGGGGGGUUUGCCUGGAAUGGAGGGGUGAGAUCAGAUGAAGGGGGGAGUGGAUUGGGUGUGGGCGGCACGGAGCAGAGGAGAGGCGGGGGGAGAGCGCCCAGCGUGGCCGAGGUGUUCUUCGACUGGCAGUCAACUCAAAAGUCUCCUCCUAAUCCCUCCCCUCCAACUGUCCCCUCCAUCUUCCCCCUCCAUCUCUCCCCUCCAUCUCCCCUCCCAUCACACCAGCUGUGCGCCAUGAGCAUACGAGCGCUGGCAGCGCUGACAGCAGCAUCACGGGUGGAGGACCGCAUGGGUGUGGCGCAGAUAACGGGUGCCAACGCCGCGGUGCUCUCCGCGCUGCUGUCGGCGCUGCUCGCCCUCGACUCGCUCCUCCUCUCCCCCUCCCACCGCCACCCCGCCGCCCCCGCCACCUUCUCUGGCUUCGGGGAGGAAGCUUCCUCGCAAGCGACGCCUCCGGGUGCCUUCCAACCUGCCUUCUCCCACCAGACCUCAGCUCUAGCCUCGGGAAGCGGAGGAUUAUUCGGCACGCCGACCCUCGGUCUUAGGUAUGGAGGUACUGAAGCAAGUGGUUCGGCAGUAGCAGGUGUGGGAGGUGGGGGCGGGGCGGUGGGGAGAGCAGUGUACGGCGAGGGGGUGGUGGGGCCGGUGUGGGGCGAGGCAUGGGCCAUGGCGGAUGUGGUGCGCACCGCUCUGUACCGCAUUGCAGAGACGUUUGGGGAGGAGAUGGUGGAGAAGGGGGGCGGAGCGAUGGGAGGAGGGAGAGGGGGAAGAGGAGGCGGUGGGGCAGGGUCGUGGAGGGUGGAUGAGGCGUGGUUGCCUGCUGACAUGCGGCCGCUGUUUGGGUCGAGAGAGGCGCAUGCAGGCAAGGUGCUGUCGCUGCUGGCACACACUGAGUAG